AUGAGGACGGACGGCUGUUUCCCUGUCCGAGGACCCUGCAACGAGACGAAGGUCAUGAUGGCGUCGUCGACUGGUAGUUCCAGAAAGUCUGCAACCGCACUUCCUACACCAUUACCGUACGAGUCUGGAUCUGGGCGCAUUUUCACUGGCGUAACCUGUACUGAAGUAUCAUUUGCUACGUGGGGAUGUACGGACUGUGAGACAGGGAAAAGGCAGCUAACAGAUCAAAGGAAAUCUCCGGUGAAAGUACAUGGUACGUAUCCGUUCUUAGCCAUUUACAUGGAUCACAUCACUUCGCUGCCGAAGCAUUUAAGAAGGAACACUGAAUUGUUGACCUGGGCCGACUUGGUCAUCGGAUAUGUGAUCGCUUGGCGAGGUCGUCACGAGACGAGCAAAUCUGUACGUGAGAUCAUCAUGCAUGAUCGAGUACGAGGGUUCAUGACGGUUAGUUCGUUCGUUCAAUCGAAUAGUGAAAAAAACAAAGUGCCGAAAUGA